GCCCAGACAGAGGACUGGGCCCUCCGCCCGCAAGGAGCUCUGCACGAGUUUCCCUCCGGCCUCCGCGUAGGCCCCACCCCACACCUCCCAGACUGCCUCCCUCGCGAUGAGGUGCAGGAUUUGGUGCCCAGGUCUCAGCCUGUGGGGCGCGCAUCACGUAACCGCGUCGGGCGGAAGGGGCGGAGCCGAAUGGCCGUGACGCUGCGUGGUCGCCUAGCAACGUCCCAAUUCGGAGCGAUGGAGGCCAAGAGCAGCAGGGAGCUCCAAGCCAGGAAUUAUUUGGAAAAACAUCGGAUUAUGGAGUUGCUGACCUAUCUCACCAGCGCCCUCCUCUUUUCCCGGCCGGCCCUAAAAACCCUGGGUCUGUGUACUGCAGAUGAAGUUUUAAAAGAUGAUGGACAUGGAAUAACUUGUGAAAAAUUCAUGCUUGAAGUGAACAAGAAGACUCAGGAAAUAUGGUCAGCAUUUUAAUAACACUUGGGAAAACAAAGGGAAAAGAUUCCGAGUCAUAUCGAAGUGCAGCUGAGCUGCUCCUCCUUCAUUGAAGUGAUUGGCAAGAAUUAUCUGAAAAAAAGGACAAUUCAUAUAGCAGUUGCCUCUAUCAUCACAGCCCAACAUACAGUCUACUCUUACUUACUUCUUGGUAGAUGUAUAUGUCCAGCUUCUCUACAAGCAUUUGCCAGAAGAUUUUAAAUAAGGAGAAGCAGAGCUGCUGCUCCAAUUGCAGUAAACGGUCUCGUAAAGUAAGCAGUAAGGGGCAAGCCGAACUGGACAGGGACAUCACUGCCUGCUCUGACUGCGAUGGCAAGGACAACCACCUGGAAAAAAACAGAAACAGCACUGCCUGAAGCACAUUAAUUUUUAUUAUGAAAUUUUUCAUCUCUCUGUAUUUUUAAAGAUUUAACAAAUCAUUUUAAAUGUGGGGAAGUGCACUGUCCUGGGGCAUUUUGGGUAAGAAAAAAUGUACAGCCCAACAUUAAAAGCUCUUUCAGAAAAUAAAUUGUACUUACGUUUGUUUGCUUAUUUA